GAACAUGAUGCCCAAGACGCUGGAGGGCCAGAUCACCAUGGAGAAGACCCCCAGCUACUUCGUGACCAACGAGGCCCCCCGGCGCAUUCACUCCAUGGCCAAGGACACGAAGCUGAUCGUGGUGGUGAGGAACCCGGUCACCCGCGCCAUCUCGGACUACACGCAGACACUCUCCAAGAAGCCCGACAUCCCCACCUUUGAGGUGCUGGCCUUCAAGAACCGGACCCUGGGGCUGAUCGAUGCCUCCUGGAGCGCGAUCCGCAUCGGCAUCUACGCCCUGCACUUGGAGAACUGGCUCCAGUACUUCCCCCUCUCCCAGAUCCUUUUCGUCAGUGGCGAGAGGCUCAUCACUGACCCGGCUGGGGAAAUGGCCAAGGUCCAGGACUUCUUAGGCCUCAAGAGGAUUGUGACAGAGAAACAUUUUUAUUUUAAUAAAACCAAGGGGUUCCCCUGUCUAAAGAAGCCAGAGGACAGCAGUGCUCCCCGGUGCUUGGGCAAGUCCAAGGGUCGAACUCACCCCAAAAUAGACCCAGACGUCAUCCACAGACUGCGCAAGUUUUACAAACCCUUCAAUGUCAUGUUUUACCAAAUGACGGGCCAGGAUUUCCAGUGGGAGCAGGAAGAAAGUGAUAAGUAG